AUGUAAGUAUUCUUUCUCAUAAUCUUAUUCCAAGAAUUUGCUUCAUAGUGGUUACCUUAGGACUCUUAUUUGAAAUCAAAUACAAUUUAUAAAUAAGCUACAGGUUCUGAUGCUUACAAAUAUACAGAAAGAUUUUUCAAACCAAUGACAUAAUAUACAACUGCAAAUUUUAUCAAUUGUUCAAUUCCAGCAACUAGUUAUAUAACUUUAAAUUAAGACAACCCUCAAGUUGAAAAUAUCAAUUGGAUUAACUUUUAAUUGGGAUGUGUUAUAUCAUUUGAUUUAUAUUUCCAUGGUACGUGGAAUAAUCAAUUUGUCACAAUGAACGCGAGUAGCUUUAGUUAAACUAAUUAUUAUACAUCCCCAAAUGCUUACUAUUUAUCAUCAGGAUUUUGUGAUAAUAUGCCAUACGAGGUUCAAACAGUUAAUUUUUCAUUGAUAAACUCAUAAUCAGGAAAAAUGUCUUUUAAAUCAUCAAAUAAUAUGGGUGGAAUGGUUUCUAUAAGAAAUAUUUUUAUAACUAAACUCAAAUGUUAUCCUUCCUGCAAGACUUGUGAUGGUCCGGCGUUAAAUUAAUGUUACAGUUGCUACUAUGGUACAAUAUCUGGAAACAUUUGUCCAUUAUGUCCAAUUAACUAAUAUUAUGUGAAAUUUUUGGGAUGUAGGGAUACUUGUAAUUUCGACCAAAAAUUGUUUAAGAAUGGUUUCUGUUAAGACUUCAGAAGUAAUUUAUCAUAAUAUUAAGUGACUUAUUUCCAGAAUACUGAAUUUUAAAAUAAUUCACUCCAUGUUGAAAAUCUAAAAUGGUCAAUUAAAUAUGAUAAAAACCACAUUGAUACAACACUUAGUCUUUAAUAUGUUACUAACAUUUUAUCUUAUGGUAUUUUUAAAUAUAAUUCUGGAAUUUAAAGAUUUGUGAACGAAAUAAGGGUAGAUAAAGGAACAUAAUCAAUUGGUUUAAAAAUAGUAAUUUUAAUAUUUGGUCUUUUUCCUAUGUAAGGAGGUCUAAACUUCCUACUUAAUAAUACAUAUUAUGGUUCCAUAUUUAAGAUCUCCUCAGAAAUAUAAACGCACAAUAUUCAAAUAUAUGAUGUGAUUUCAUUGGGAUCAUGGCUUCAAUAUUCAAAAUGUGAAAAAUAUGAAUUGCACAUGUUUGUUGAUAUACCUUAAUUUCCAUUUUUAUUUUCAUCCUCUAGUAAUUUUACGUAUUUUAUUUAUUGUAACUUUAAGAGAUGAUAGUGCUGGAUGGGGAUUGGUUUCCUUAACAGUCUCUUCUGGAUACUGUCCAUAAAAUUGUAAGGAGUGUGAAGUAUCAUUUUAGUGUAAAACUUGUGA